AUGGCCACUCACGCCGACCCUGAAUUCCCCUGCUCGCUCCAGAUCGACGUGCCCUUCCCGACCGCCCGUCUGGCCUCAAUCGCAAUCAAGGCCGUGGCCGUCGACCGGGAGCUGUCGCCCCUGGUCCGCCGAGAGUUUUCUACCAUCAGCCUCGCGUCCGCGUCCGCGUCCGCGUCCGCGUCUGGCGGUGCUGGCCGCGUUAAUGGUGGAGGUGGUGAUGAUGUCACGGGACAAAACGUCAUGAGGGUGCUUUACGAGGCCACCACUAACCGCAUGCUGCGGGUAUCGGUCAACUCUUUCAUGGACAGCCUGUCGCUCGUCCUGGAGGUCAUGGAGAGGCUCGAUGCCGAUGUGCUCGAGUCCAGACCGAUCCAACCGCAACCUGGGCCGUUCCGGUGA